GAGCGAACUUACGCUUGGGCCCGUUAUAUAUACACUCCACCACCCAUCAUCCACAUUCGAACUAUCAAACCUGGGGUCACCAAAAACACAAACACAGAGAGAGAGAGAGAGAGAGAGAGAGGAAAGUUGAGAGAUGGAGAAGGAGACGAAACAAUCGAAAUUCAAAAGGAUUUGCGUGUUUUGCGGGAGUAGCCAAGGCAAGAAGAGCAGUUACACAGAUGCCGCCUUAGAACUUGGAAGGGAGCUGGUGUCGAGGAACAUUGACCUGGUGUACGGCGGCGGGAGCAUCGGUCUGAUGGGCCUUGUUUCUAGAGCCGUCUACAAUGGCGGUCGACAUGUCAUUGGAGUGAUUCCCAAGACCCUCAUGCCGAGAGAGCUUACUGGAGAGACGGUGGGGGAAGUGAAGCCAGUGGCGAACAUGCACCAGAGGAAAGCAGAGAUGGCUAGACAUUCAGAUGCUUUCAUUGCCUUGCCCGGUGGGUACGGGACUCUGGAAGAGCUUCUGGAAGUGAUAACGUGGGCUCAACUCGGCAUCCACGACAAGCCCGUGGGAUUGCUGAACGUGGACGGGUACUACAACUCCUUGCUGUCGUUCAUAGACAAGGCGGUGGAGGAAGGCUUCAUCAACCCCAGCGCUCGCCACAUCAUCGUCUCUUCUCCUUCGGCUAAGGACUUGGUCAAGAAGAUGGAGGAGUACUUUCCACGCCAUGAAAGGGUGGCUUCCAAGCUGAACUGGGAGACUGAACAACUGGGACACACCCCAAAAUGCGACAUCUCCAGAUGAGAAAGGCCCGACAACGCGUCUCCCACUCCUCCUCUUUGUUCGUUUUACUAACUGGGCUGUGGAAUCUAACUUUGAAAUUCUGAACACUUCCGACUCGAGAGGCAGAUCCUCUCUUCCUCUCUAACAUGGAGGAAGAGACGGUACACCUGCUGGAGUUUCUUAUGUCGAAAAAAGGAGAGAGGGAUGGAUUUGUGAACUGUGAAUUGCAAUCAUAUUCUCCACCGUCGUUCUUCAUUCUCA